ACCGGGGUUGUUUGGCCCGGAUCAGGGCUGCGCGGCGCCCCCACAUCCGGGUCCGUCUUCCGCUGCCCCCCCUCACAUCCGGGUCCUGCCCCUCCCCCCGGGGGCCCUAGGACCCUGGCUAGACACCCCGACUUCUCGUACCCCGGGCUCAGACACGGCGACCCCGAGAGAUAGCACUUGGAGCCCAAGGCACUGGCCCCACAAGGCAUUAUCGGUCAGGUGACCCUGCAGCUCCAGUCACUCCGGGCCUCAGUUUCCCCACCUGCUGCUUGACCACGGUCCCGGCGUUUUGGAGCCCGUCACGAUAGUUUCUGUUCGUGGAUUCAGACUUGGGCCCUUUAGGUUGGUCAGUGAAUCCAUCUGCCCUUAUCUUCCUCCUGGAGCCUGGUUUUUGGGGUUGGGCUGAAGGAACACUUGGGCCACAUCUCCCGCAGGUCCUCCCCUCCAGGGCUGCUUCCUGCCCCUUGCCUGGGCCAUGCCGUCCUGCCACCCUGGCGUUCUGUCCUUUCCCGCUCUCACCUUUGCUCAGGCCCCAGCACCACCGUCACACACACUAACCUUUGCUGUCACACUGCCGAUGAAGUUCACGUGAACGUGGAAUUUGCUUUCCACCUUCCAGUGGGAUUCUUUGGUCCUCAAACUUUCCUCACUUCUUGGUUACUCCCCCUGCGGGUAGGUGGCCCACGUCUCAUGCCCAGGGCUUGCAGUUUUCCCCAAGUAUCAGUUAUCUUCUUCCUCUUCAGCCACUUCCUUUUUCUCCCCAGAUCCGGGCCUCAGGUUUCCUUGGGGAAGGGGAAGGUCUGAGCUGGAUUAGAAGGGGAACAAAGGAGGGCAUCAGCGGCUCCCACAGAGUCCUCGGAGUCUGACAGACUUGGUCUGAAAGUUAUCUCUGGGCAAGUCGCUUCCCUUCUCUGACCUGUGGUUUCCUCAUUAGUUGGAAAUAACAACACUCACUUCAUCGGACUGUUGUGAGGAUUAAAUGAGUUGCAUUUGGAGUGCUUCAUCACAAGUAGGAACUCAAUAAAUAUUAAAUGUGAUUAUCAUCCCCACUUGCUGACCACCUCUUCUUGGUGACUUCAUAUCAGGCUCUUUAUGUAGUUUUUUCACUUAAUAGGUCUGGGACUGGGCCCUGCUUUCCACUGGCCUCCCCUGCCACGCCAGGCACACCACAGGGUGUGCAGUGGGGGUUGUCUGAAUAGCCCAUCCUGGACAGACCCAGGGAAUCUAUCAGGAAUCAGGGUAGGAUACCCAGCUUCGUCACCUUGGCAGGUCAUGUCCUUCUCUGUGCCCUGGUUUCUUUCUCCAUAAAGUGGAACUUCAGACUUGGCAAGCUGAGAGCCCUUUGAGCCAGCUGUGCUAUGUGAGGGGUCAGCCCCCCCCCAACCCAGAACCUGGAUGAGGAUCUGUGACUACCUGUUUAAGCUGCUUUUGAUUGGUGACUCGGGCGUGGGCAAGUCAUGCCUGCUCCUGCGGUUUGCUGAUGAUACAUACACAGAGAGCUACAUUAGCACCAUCGGGGUGGACUUCAAGAUCCGAACCAUUGAGCUGGAUGGCAAAACCAUCAAACUUCAGAUUUGGGACACAGCUGGUCAGGAGCGGUUCCGGACCAUCACUUCCAGCUACUACCGGGGGGCUCAUGGCAUCAUCGUGGUGUAUGACGUCACUGACCAGGAGUCUUACGCCAACGUGAAGCAGUGGCUGCAGGAGAUCGACCGCUACGCCAGUGAGAACGUCAAUAAACUCCUGGUGGGCAACAAGAGUGACCUCACCACCAAGAAGGUGGUGGACAACACCACGGCCAAGGAGUUUGCAGACUCUCUGGGCAUCCCCUUCCUGGAGACAAGUGCCAAGAACGCUACCAAUGUCGAGCAGGCAUUCAUGACUAUGGCUGCUGAGAUCAAAAAGCGGAUGGGGCCUGGGGCAGCCUCGGGGGGUGAACGGCCCAACCUCAAGAUCGACAGUACCCCUGUAAAGCCAGCUGGUGGUGGCUGUUGCUAGAAGGGGCAUGUGGAGUGGGACAGGAGGGGGCAUCUUCUCCAGAUGAUGCCCCUGGAGGGGGCAGGAGGUGCCUCCCACUCCCUCUCUUGGGGCAUUUGAGUCUGUGGCUUUGGGGUGUCCUGGGCUCCCCAUCUCCCUCUGGCCCAUCUGUCUGCUGCCCUGAGCCCUGAUUCUGUCAGGGCCCCCCAGGGAAGACACCCAGGACCUGUGGCUAGGGUGGGGCUUGCUCUGCUGCUGCCUCUAGGUAACUUUAAAAGAUGCCCCACCACACACUUUUCUUUGGAACGAGGGUUCCUCUGUCUGUCUCCCUCCUGCCCCCCAUGUAUGCUGCACUGGGUUUUUCUCCUUCCCCUUCUUCCCUCUCUCCCUCCUUCCCUAGAGCUGAGGGCCUCCCUGCAGUCAGUGGCUGGGGCCAGGAGUGUGGCCAGGAGAUCCAGGAUCUGGGAUCCAGGGUCCUGGGCCGGACCUCAGGAUGAGUGUGGGGAUCACAGGGGCUCAGCAGCUCACCCUUUCCUCCUCCCACCCCUCCCACGCUCCCAGCUCAAGCCGUCCAGCUGUGGGGGGUCUGAGAGCACAUCGAAGGCAGGUGGGCGGGCAACCUUGCUGGGCCUGUGUCUUGAGCCCAGAGGGAGCCUGUUUCUGCCGCCCCCUGCCCUGCCAGAGCCAGGUCCAUGUACUGCCUGCCCACCGUGCCCCUUUGUCCCCACGGCAGGCAGAGGCGGAAGGCCCACCGUGCCCAAGGCUGGGCACCAGCCUUAACCCUCACUCUGCCAGCACCUCCUCCCUCCCCGAGGCAGCACAUCUGGCUUAUUCUCCCUUUCCAGCCCUCAGAGCCUAGUAGGGCAGGUCCUCAGCCCCUGCGGCUACUACUCUGGGGAAUGUGGGUUCAACCCAGGGUUGGGGGGCCUCUACUCACCCCCUUCCCACCGAGGAUCCUAGCCCCCUGCCCUCUGGCACAGCUGCUUCCUGCGGAAAAACAAAUGUUUGGUCUCUACGUAAGAAGCCAUGUCCCUUGUGCUGUCUCUUGCCUGUCCCACCCGUGCCCUGCCCUCCAGCUUGUAUUUAAGUCCCUGGGCUGCCCCUUGGGGCAUCCUCCACUCCCAGGUUCCCCUCUGGUGUCAUGUCAGGCAUUUUGCAAGGAAAAGCCACUUGGGGAAAAGAUGGAAAAGGACAAAAUAAAAAUCAAUAAAUUUCCACUGGCCCUCAGGUGAGCCGAGGGUUUUUGCAAGGAA